GGGCUGCCCGCCCCGUGUCCCUGCAGCACUCACGCGUGGACCCUGAGGAGCUCUUCACCAAGCUGGACCGUAUCGGCAAGGGCUCUUUCGGGGAGGUGUACAAGGGUAUUGAUAACCGCACCAAGGAGGUGGUGGCCAUCAAGAUCAUCGACCUGGAGGAGGCCGAGGAUGAGAUCGAGGACAUCCAGCAGGAAAUCACUGUGCUUAGCCAGUGCGACAGCCCAUAUAUCACCCGCUACUUCGGCUCCUACCUGAAGAGCACGAAGCUGUGGAUCAUCAUGGAGUAUCUGGGCGGCGGUUCUGCGUUGGACCUGCUUAAACCCGGGCCGCUGGAGGAGACCUACAUCGCCACCAUCCUGCGGGAGAUCCUGAAGGGCCUGGACUACUUGCACUCGGAGCGCAAGAUCCACCGAGACAUCAAAGCCGCCAACGUGCUGCUCUCGGAGCAGGGGGACGUGAAGCUGGCAGACUUCGGGGUGGCGGGGCAGCUCACAGACACGCAGAUCAAGAGGAACACGUUUGUGGGCACCCCCUUCUGGAUGGCACCGGAGGUCAUCAAGCAGUCGGCCUAUGACUUUAAGGCCGACAUCUGGUCGUUGGGGAUCACAGCCAUCGAGCUGGCCAAGGGCGAGCCUCCGAACUCGGACCUCCACCCCAUGCGUGUCCUGUUCCUGAUCCCCAAGAACAGCCCGCCCACCCUGGAGGGCCACCAUAGCAAGCCCUUCAAGGAGUUUGUGGAGGCCUGCCUCAACAAAGACCCCCGAUUCCGGCCCACUGCCAAGGAGCUCCUGAAGCACAAAUUCAUCACACGCUACACCAAGAAGACCUCCUUCCUCACGGAACUCAUCGACCGCUACAAGCGCUGGAAGUCGGAAGGGCACGGCGAGGAGUCCAGCUCCGAGGACUCGGACAUUGAUGCAGAUGCUGAGGACGGAGAGCAGGGUCCCAUCUGGACGUUCCCCCCCACCAUCCGGCCAAGCCCGCACAGCAAGCUGCACAAGGGGACAGCCCUGCACGGUCCCCAGAAGUCUGCGGAGCCCGUCAAGAGGCAGCCGAGGUCGCAAUGCCUGUCCACGCUGGUCCGGCCUGUCUUUGGAGAGCUCAAGGAGAAGCACAAGCAGAGCGGCGGGGGCGUGGGGGCGCUGGAGGAGUUGGAGAACGCCUUCAGCCUGGCUGAGGAGUCCUGCCCUGGCAUCUCGGACAAGCUGAUGGCUCACCUGGUGGAGCGGGUGCAGAGGUUUUCGCACAGCAGAAACCACCUGACGUCAACCCGCUGAAGGGCGCGGCUGCUCAUGGAGCGUGGGGAGAAGGGUCUUUGUGCGGAGCUCGUCAGGCCGGGACUGACUGGGAACCCUUGUGCUGCUGCGGCCACGUGGGCCUCGCUGCCAGGUCACAGCCUCCGCCCCCUCCCGGCAGCGGGGCGGUGAACCCCGUGGCGCCCUGGACUGAGGAGCAGGGACUGUCGGGCCCGUCCGCCUCCUCCCCUGCCCGGGGGCCCACGGUGGCCACGCCGGUCGUAGAUUGGCCUGCUGGUGUCGGAUCAGGUACCGCGUCUCCCAAAGUACUCGAGUCAGCCAGAACUGGUUGUGGUUUUGUUUUUUUGUUUGUUUUUUUUUUAAAGAAAAUGAACUUCCUCGCUUCCCUAAAUGUUCUGAAGUUAAGGUGUUAGUUUUCAUAGAACAUGGAGAAGCUCCUGCCACUUUGAAUAAAGACCUGAAUUGGAGAGA